GAGCAAGGCAGGGAGGAAGUACCUAUGGUUUCAUUACAAACAAUCAAGCAAGAAGCAGGACUAGAGACUUUGGGAAGUCAAAAGAGAACAAAAAGGCACCAUGGAAACCAGUCAAAGAAAGGAAAGAAGAAACCCUCUGCUUCUCUGGGUGUUGAUAUUUGUAAAUUCCAGAACCCACAGGGAAAUUUCAAAGGAAAAAGAUGUCAAAGAUGUUCUGUCUGUGGAAAAAUAUUCAAAUGUAAAUGGCAAGUAAAGAUACAUUUGAGAAGUCACACAGGGGAGAAGCCAUAUCAAUGCAUGCAGUGCAGAAAGAACUUCAAUACUAGCGGUGCACAUAUGAAACAUCAAAGAAUUUAUACAGGAGAGAAACCGUACCAGUGCAUGGAAUGUGGAAAGAGUUUCAGUUUGAGCAGUACCCUUACUUUACAUAAAAGAACUCAUACAGAUGAAAAACCAUAUACAUGCACAGAGUGUGGAAAGAGCUUCAUUGCAAGAUCUGCUCUUACUAUACAUCAGAGAACACAUACAGGAGAGAAACCAUAUCAGUGCUUGCAGUGUGGAAUGAGCUUCAAUACUAGUGGAGCACGUAGGAAACAUCAAAGAAUUCAUACAGGGGAGAAACCAUACCAAUGCAUGGAAUGUGGAAAGAGCUUCAGUUUGAGCAAUGCCCUUACUUUACAUAAAAGAACUCACACAGGCGAAAAACCAUAUACAUGCGCAGAGUGUGGAAAAAGCUUCAUUGCAAGAUCUGCCCUAACUAUACAUCAGAGAACACACACAGGGGAGAAACGAUAUCAGUGCAUGCAAUGUGGAAAGAGCUUCAGUGAUAAUGGAGGAUAUAGCAAACAUCAGAGAACCCAUGAGGGAGAAAGGACAUAUAAAUGUAUGGUAUGUGGAAAGAGCUUCCUUAGGAAUUAUGCCCUUACUCUACAUAAGAGAACACAUACAGGGGAAAAGCCAUACCAGUGCACAGAAUGUGGAAAGAGCUUUGUGGAUGGUGGGGCGUGUAUUAAGCAUGAAAGGACGCACACAGGGGAGAAACCUUAUAAAUGCAUGAAAUGUGGAAAGAGCUUUAGUAACAAUGUAUACUUACAGUCACAUGAAAGAACUCAUACAGGGGAGAAACCAUAUAAAUGCAUGGUAUGUGGAAAGAAUUUUGGUCGGCGGGAAAAUUUACAUUUACAUCAAAGGACUCACACAGGGGAAAAACCAUAUAAGUGUACAGAAUGUGGGAAGAGCUUUAGUCGGCGUGAAAAUCUACAAUUACAUCAAAGGACUCACACAGGAGAAAAACCAUAUAAAUGUCUACAGUGUGGAAAGAGCUUUAGUCGACGUGAAAAUUUACAUUCACACCAAAGAACUCACACAGGGGAAAAACCAUACAAAUGCAUGGAAUGUGGAAAGAGCUUUAGUCGCCGUGGAAAUUUACAUGCACAUCAAAAAAUUCACACAGGGGAAAGGCCACAUACAUGUACGGAAUGUGGAAAAAGUUUUAGUAGGCGCGGAAAUUUACAUUCCCAUCAAAGAACUCACAAGGUGGAAAACCAUAUAAAUGUAUAGACUGCAGAAAGACCUUUAGUUGGCAUGGAAAUCUACAUUUACAUCAGAGACCUCACACAGAAGAAUCUGCAUCAAUGAAAAUAAUGUAAAGGAACCUCGCUGAUGGUGGAGCAUUUAUUAAUCAUCAAAAAUCUCAUAGGGGGAAGAGGAAUAUAAUGUGGAAAGAGCUUCAGAAUAGUGAAGCAUGUGUUAAACAUUGAAGAGCCUAUACAGAGGAAAGAAUGUCAUUCAGUGUGGAAGUCUGCAUCAUGAGCUCCCUUCUGUUUGCACAUAUCUGAACAUUGAGGUCUCCUCAGUAUUUCCUUAAGCUUAUUGAAAGCAGCUUUCUUAAAAGUCCAUAGUGAACCUCUGAUGAUGAAAGUUUUCCAUUUCUUCUGUGCAACAAAACCUGAAAGGACAGGAUCUACAAUGCUUCCAUCUUCAGGAUUAAAAUGGGAGUUCUUAAAGUUCAAAAUGAACAUACACUAUGCUCAUCUUUCCUCUUCCUGUGUGUAAGAUAUUCCAAGAAGACAUGGUCAGUCUUACCCAGGAUUUCUACCACAUCCACCUUGUUCUACAAUUUUUUCCCUGCUAGUAGAAAUCAGAUUCAAGACAGUUGAUCUCUUGUUGGUUCUUCUACAUCCUGGAAAGUAUAUGUGCUGGAAUAUGAUGGACUUUAUAUUCAUGGCAGAUUUUAUAUUUAUGGCAGCUAUCAGGGUACUUGAAGUAUCCCAUUACUGUUGUAUGUUCCUUUUAAAGAAUUGAUAAUUUCUUCCAGGAUGCCAUUGAAUCUUUCAUUCUAGUUCAGCAGUCUCUGGGAGAUAUCCUCAAUGAUGGCAGAUUUUUCUUUGCCACAGUUUUAAUCUAGAUGCUUUCAGCCUGUUUUGCGUGACCCAGUGUCAUAGAUUUUCUCACACAAGUAUACAUUCUUCACAUAUAUUUAAAUGUAGCGACAUAUAUGUUGCCUUUUUCAUUGUAAUUUAAAACAUGUUUCUUUGGUCUCCAGUAAUUUCUUAAUUUCAUUAAGAAUCUUAAUGAUGCUUUCACUGAGACAAACAAAUAUACAGAAUAUUUUCCCUGAAUGUCAGUUAAAAGACAUACAGUAGCUGUAUUAGUUUGGAUGAGUAUACAAAGGGACCUCGGAGCACCUUUGAGACUAACUGAGAGAAGGAAGUUGGUAGCAUAAGCUUUCACAGACUAAGGCCUUGUCUGCACAGGCCAGGAUACUCCAAGGGCAGCCUGGAGUAUCCUGGACUGGGAACUGCCCAAACCUUCUCUUUACUUGGCCCUCCAUCUCCACAGUAUGGCAAGCUGUUUGCAUAGGCAUCCUGCUGACCUGUUUGGCACAUCUGGUACUAGUGGUGGUUGCUUAUUUCUGAGGUCAGAACAAUGUGCCCAAUGAAGAUGACACAGCUGGAUGCUUUGUUCUGACCUUAGAACAAGUGAUUGGUAACAGUAGCAGAUGUGCUGGGCAGCUCAACAGGACACCCAUGCAGAUAGCCACUGUGGUGAAGAAACAGAGGGCUCAGGAUCUUCUUCAUUUUAAGGUUGUUACACCCCAGUUCUGGUGCUGAAUGUGCUGGAUAUUGUCUAGGCUGCUCACACCAGAAUGGGUUUGGGUCUUUCGUCAUCUGAAUGGGAUGCUGCCAGAAGUGGGGGACAAAACUGGCCUUUUGGCCCAUGCGGACAAGGCCUGUGACAUUUCCCUGAAUGUUUUAGCAACUGAUUAUUUGCACAGGCAGUUAAACAUAGGUGGUGUGUCUUUAUAAUAUCAAGUGGAUUCCUUUUUUAUAAAUUCAUUGGUUUUGGAUGAAAUGUUAUAUGCCACGCUUGGCUGGUGAGGACAUGGGAGAACCACCUCAGUGGCUGUUCCCAGAUUUUGGAACUCCUUCCUGAUGCGAGUUUGAUUUGCUGCCUCUCUGCUGUCUUUCUGCUGGCCAGCAAAGACUGCCUUGUUUAAACAGGCCUUCAGCUAUAACUGACAUGGGUUAAAAGGAUAUGUAGUUAGAUGUGCUGUUGUUAGUAUGCGAUAUGUAUUUCAAACAUUUUAAUUGUUUUAAAGCUCAUGUCUAAAAGCAGUGUUUUAACGGGAUGUAAAAUGUUUUUUAAACUUUUGUACUCCAUAUUGUUUUGAUUGUUCUAAUUUGUAAACCUCUUUGAGUCCCAUAUGGGAGCAAACUAAGAUAUAAAUGAAAUAAUAUAGGAAAGCUUAUGUCUUGGAAUAACAGCUCAUAUUUAAAGUGCUACAUAAUUUUUUGUUUUUUCCUGAUAUCACUGACUACUCCUCUCCCUGGUUUUUAAUGCAGUUUAGAUCAAAACAAAACUCUGCUUUACACUGUGGAUAGGAGAGAGAAUUUUCAUCAGUUAAUCUAUGGUAGACGAUAAAGACAUUGAAGUAAUUUAAGAUUUUGCAUACCUUGGCUUAGUCAUUAAUCAAAAGACUAGGACUUGGAAGCGCAGCUAUGAAGGCAAGAUUGGCCAUGCCAUCGCAUUUCCCAUUUCUAUGAGUGGUUGUGAAAGCUGGACAGUGAAGAAAGCUGAC